AUGGCCUGGGACCCCAGCGUUGCCCCCGGCGCCACCGCCCCGCGUGGCCCCGGCUCCACGUCCCUGAACCCGCAGCAGCUGGAGUUUGCCGCGCUGCUGCGCCAGGCGGGCAUGACGGGCCUGACCGAGGACGACAUCCGCCACCUGUACACUGUCAGCGAGGGGUACGCGCUGCAAGCGGCCAGCACAGGGCAGCCGCUGCCGCUGGUGGGCGCGCCGCCGCCCAUGGUGCCGUCCGACUCCGGCGCGGCGUCCCGCGCCAGCGCGACCAGCAGCGCCACCAGCGGCGACACGGCGGCGUCGGCGACCGGCGAGGCUGCGCCCCUCGGCGGCACACCCGCCGCCUCCACCGGCGACGCGCGGCCGCACCUGGACAGCACCGACCCGCGCGCCGCGCUGCUGUGGGACACGGUGGCCGAGACGCUGGUGCAGGCGGCGGGGCAGGCCCCCGGCGCGGCCGACGCCGACUCGCGCCUGGCGGUGCGUGAAGGUGUGGUCAUCCAGCACGGCGCCGACGCGUACCACUUCAGCCGCGAGGCCUACCGCGGCGCGGGCGUGCUGCUGCGCCGCCUGGGCCUUCUGGUCUGGCAGCAGGCGGUGCUAUUCCCGGACAACGCCAUGCGCAUGCAGGCCGUGCGCGGCGACUUGGGCGUCCCCGACGCGCAGGAGAACCAGGACGUGGGCACCUGGCGCGCCAUCCUGCAGCGUCUGUGCCUGCGCCCAGAGCAGCUACGCGGCAUCGUGGCCGCGCACCGCGAGUUCCUGGUGCAAGAGCAGGAGAUCCUGCGACAGCGCGCUGAAUUCAUGGCUGUGCUGCGAGAAGUGGGGCCCAACUCCGAGAGGGCGAGGGGGAAAUCGCAGACCUCGUACGUGCCGACCAUGACGGCGGCGCUGGAGGCCACGCAGGGGCUCAUGCGGGGCAUCCAGGCUGAGCACGCCGCCUCCACCGCACUCCUGGGAGCCAUCCUGCGAUGGUUGGACUUCCCCGUGCAGAAGGGCCUGCUCUUUACCCUCUCCUGGCCCUACAUGCCGCAGGGCAACAUCAUCGGCACCUGCGCCGCGCUGGAGAUCGGGCUGUCCCUGGAGGAGUACGUGUCCAUGCCCCUGCCCCCCCUGACCGAGGACUGCUAUGCGAUGCGGGCGAUGACCGGGCGAGCCGAGCUCGCCACCCAGGGCCCGGGGUCGCUGGAGGAGCUGGAGGGCGGGCCGGACUGA